CUGUGGCGCCCAGCUGGCGGCGGAAGCGGAGGCUGAGGGGAGAGUGGAGGAGAGGCCUCCCGAGAGCCCGGUCCGGGGCAGAGACCCUGGGGAGGGAACCAGCCCCCGGAGAGAAGCCCCCUUCCCUUCGGCCAGGGUGGCAGCCAGCACCCCCGCCCCCCCUCCGCCCCCGCGGGGAGCAGGCUGCUCUGUGCCCCGGGCAGCGCUCGCGUGGGGCGCCCCCUGGCAGCCAUGCAGGCGGGCCGGGGCGGGCGGUGGCAGCGCCUGGAUGCCGCGCUGUGCCUGCCCCUGUGUGUGACCGUGGCCCUGAUGGGGGCCGUGUGCACAGAGGUGCUGUGCCUGCUUCUCUGGCCUGCGGAGCCCACCCAGCUGCCCCUGGCCCUGCACCUGCCCCUCCUGCUCUUCCUCCUGGCCAACGUGCUGGGCAAUAUGGGCCUCUUCGUCACCACCAGCCCAAGCAUCAAAGGGGUCAUGCUGUCCGGAGGCGCCGUGGGACAGGGCUGGGAGUACUGCUACACCUGCCAGUCCCACGUGCCCCCCCGCUGUCACCACUGCUACACCUGCAACGUGUGCAUGCUGCGCCGGGACCACCACUGUGUGCUGCUGGGCCAGUGUGUGGGCUACCAUAACUACCGUUACUUCCUUUGCCUCCUGCUGCACGGCUGGGUGGCCCUGCUCUACGCCAGCCUGCUCAACGCUGACAUCUUCAUGGCCAUGCUGCAUGAGGGAGUCACCCUGCACAGCAUCCUCCUCCUCCUCAUGCCGUGGCUCAUGCUGCUGACGGGCCAGGUGAGCACCUUGACCUUCAUCUAUGCUUUCGUGGCGGACACCUGCGUGGUCAGUUUCCUCUUCUGCUCCGGCUUCCUCUUCUUACAUGUGCUGCUGAGCCUGCGUGGCCAGACGAUCAGGGAGUGGUUUGGGGAGAGCCGCUGCUAUGACCUGGGCUGGCGCCGCAACCUGCAGGAGGCAUUGGGGGACAGGUGGCACCUUGUCUGGCUAUGCCCGCUCCUGGCCUCCCCACUUCCUGGGGAUGGUGUGGCCUUUGAGAGGAGAGCGCCCUGCACUGAGCCUUCCACCAAGCCAGUCGUUUUCUGAAGUUCUCCCACGGCCCGGCCCGGCCCGGCCCAGCAGGACAGCGCACCCUCCAGAGGCUGGAUUCAUUGCCUUACCAGCCCCUCUCCCAGGUGGGGGCUUUCCUCUGGCACCCUGCCCCCACUGCUUUCCAAUAAAGCUCCAAGCCCCAGGUGCACAGUGA